AUGGGGCAGCUCACCAAUGAACUCAAGAGUCGAUCUUCAGAUACAUUACCAAGUAUUACAGAGGAGCCCAAAAGAGAAGGUAAGGAGCAUUGCAAAGCCAUUACAACCCAGAGCAGGUUAGCUUAUGAAGAACCAAAAAUGCCAGGUGAACAAGCAUCGAGUCCUUCAAAGGAAAAAGAGACUGCAACAGAACCUGACCAACCAGUAGAAAUUGAGGUUAGUAGGCCAAUGGCUCAGCAGGAUAUUAUUUCAAGGAGAAAAAAGUUAGGGGAACAUGAAACAGUUGCAUUAACUAAGUGUAGUAGCGAUGCCUUAGGGAAUCCCCUACCUAUUAAGUGUAAAGAUCCUGGAAUUUUUAAAGAACUUAAUAUAGGAAAAGCUCGCCCCACGACUGUAACCCUCCAAUUUGCAGAUAGAUCUAUUAGAAAACUCGAGGGAAAAAUAGAGGAUGUGCUAAUCAAGGUUGAUAAGUUAACCUUCCCUGCAGAUUUCAUUAUUUUAGAUUGUGAAGUAGACUUGGACAUCCCUAUCAUACUUGGAUGGCCAUUUCUCGCAACAGGAGAUACAAUUUUCAACGUAAGGAAGGGAGAGAUCACAAUGAAGGUGAACGAUGAGCAAGUGACAUUCAACGUACUGGAUGCUAUGCGGCUUCCAGAUGAAAUAGAAGAGUGCUCGACUAUUCAGAUAACUAACUCUGUGUCUAUGGAAGAAUUUUGUGAUUUGGUAAUUGUAGGUUUAGAGCAAGAACUAGAAGUAGCGCAAAAGGAAAGAGAGGCAGACACUUUCUUAUCACCAAUGGAGAAGUUCGAGUUUGGAGAUUUGAGCAAUGAUGAAUUUUAG